AUGGAGUCGCUCUUUGACCUACAACGUAACUACCUUCUUCUGGCGAUCACUUCUGUGCGUUCAGCCAAUGGCUACAAAUGCUACCUCGUACUAGAUGCCAAAACCGAGGGUCUCGUCUCGGCGCUUCUCUCCACCAACGAGUUACGCGAACACGUGUUUGCGGUCGAACGCGUGGACCAGCCCCGCGCGCUCAAUCUUACGUAUGAAGCGAUAUACAUUCUCGAUCCAAACGAGCUCUCGGUCAAUUGCUUGGUCACAGACUACAAGUACCAGCCGCUGCGCUACAAAUGCGGCCACGUGUUCUUGCUCCCAGGCGUGUCAGACGCAUUGCAGAGCAAGAUCCAUAACCAGGAGCGUGCGCAAAGCUAUCUCCAUGGCGUCGGUACGCUCCACUGGACGCUCCGCGCAUACGAGGCGCAGAUCUUCACGGUCCCCGACACCACGAAAGCGCUCCAGGUGUUUCACAACGAGAACUGUGUGGGGCUUGUGAGCCAGUACGUUUCCAGGUCGGUGGAAGCGUUGGUAAACUUGUGCGUGGUGACGGGUGAGUAUCCGCUCGUGCGCCACUACGCGCCCGCGGGCGCUACGCACAAGUCUGCGGUGUUGUGCCAGCUCAUCGCACGCGCAUUCCAGGAUGCGAUCGACACCUACGCACGUGCGACGCCCGACUUCCCGCCCGAGUCUGCGCGGGCGCGGGCACAGCUCAUCAUUGUUGACCGGUCCGUCGACUACUUUGCGCCGCUCCUCCAUGAAUUCACGUACCAGGCCAUGGUCCACGAUGUGGUACCGUUAGUGGAUGAGACCUACACGUACACCGACUCGGUCGGCAAGAAGAAGAAGUAUGUGUUGACCGACUCCGACGCACAAUGGCGCCAGUUGCGCCACCUCCACUUGCUCGACAGUGGCGCAAAGAUCAAGGCCAACAUGGCACGCUUUCUCCGCGAAAACCCCAACUUCUACGAGAAGCGCGACGCCGAUAAGGUCCGCAUUUCUGAGGUGGCGCAGCAAUUUCUCCAGAAGGACCGCGUGUUCGCGGAAGAGCGCGAAAUCUACCUUCACAGCAAGUUGAUCCAGGACUGUGGAGAGAUCAAUAAUGCGAGACGGUUGGCGGAGCUUGCGAUUGUUGAGCAGGACUGCGCCGCGUUUGGCGUGUCGCGCGAGGGUGACAAGCUCAAGCGCAUCAUCGACGACGCGUUACCGCUCCUCGCUGAUGCGUGCCCCACGCAUACCGACAAGUUUCGCACGAUCGCGGUGUACGCGUUGUACCGCGGUGGUUUGGUGCAUGCGGACUUUGAAAAGUUAUUCACGUUUGCGGGGUGCUGGAAGCCAGAGCAGUUUGCGGGUUUGUUCCGGAUCCUCGCAAACCUCGAGCUCCUCGGUGCCCAGGUCAUCAAGCCGGAUGUAAAGAGCAAGGGCUUCAAGAAACAAAUGUUCCACUACAUGGAAAACACUGACCCGUACGACUCGUCGCGCUUCCGCCCCGCGCUCGAGACCAUUGUUGCGCAGGCGUUGGCCAACCAGCUCGAUGAGGAGACGUUUCCAUACUUCAGGGACAAGCCCAUCGAGGAUGUUGCCGCCCCAGGUAUCGCCACGUUACGUCAGCACAAGGCUGUGUGGGCUAAGGGCUCGCAGUACCUGCCGCCGAAACAGCGUGUAUUCUACUUUGUGGCGGGUGGGGUAACUUUUUCGGAGAUGCGCUCGUGCUAUGACUUAUCUGCGAAGCUUGACAAGGAGAUAUACUUGGGCAGCAACGAAGUGCUUUCGCCGUUAAUGUACUUGGAGGCGCUUCGCGAGUUAUCUCUGGCGCGCGAGCGUUUGCAGUUACCGGUGGAUAAGGAAGUGGAUACAAGAGCACCGGAGUUUUUAGUCAAGCGAGGGGAUAAACCAAGGGCAGAUCCGAGAGCGGAGCCAAGGGCAGAUCCAAAGGCAGAGCCAAAGGCAGAGCCAAGGGUGAGGGUUCAGUCACUUAAGGCAACAUCACUUUCUCCAACCCCGUCACCGCAGCUGGGGAAAGAAGAAAAAGAGGAUAAGAAGCGGUCGCGGUUUAAGAAGCUUUUUAAGUAGCGAGUACAUAGCACGAAUAAUGCUAUGCUUAGACACUAUAAUUACAUAUCGGUAACGCUAUAAUUAUAGCGAGGGCGUAACAAGUGAGGACAUAGCACGAGCGAAGUUGAUCCUUGACCCAAAGGCGUUUGAAUAGCGUAAAAUUAAUAAGGAG